CACAUAUUAUGUAUAUACAUAUUCAGGCAACUACGAAUAUUAUAUUUUAUACAGUUUUAUUUUUCGAGUCAUAGUGGAAUGUAUCAUAAAUAUGACAGAAAAUAUUCAAUAUUCAGUUGAACAAACAGAACACUCAGCUCUUGAUCUUUUGAAAAAUACAACAAAAAACAAAGCCGUAAAUGAUUUGUUAACAUCAAAUUCAAAACAUAAUAAAAAAUCACUCAAAUUCAAAAUGAUAGCAGCCGGCUUACUAUUAACAAGUACAUUGAUAUUUACAAUUGGUUUAAUAGUUUAUGUUGAAACAACAAGUGUAUUAAUUACUGAAAAAUCAUCACCUGUUCCAACAGCACAGCAAAAUGACCUUUUAAUUGGAUUACCAGGGCAAGGAUUUUUAUUAGGGUCGAGAACGACUACAUCAUGGACAAAUAAAACCAUUUUACAAUUUUUGGGUAUACCAUAUGCAGAAGCACCAAGUGGCAUACAAAGAUUCAAGCCUCCAAUUCCAAAAUAUCCAUGGGCAGGUAUAUUAGAUGCAUCUCAAUAUGGACGUCCUUGUCCAGAAAUUACAAAGUUAAAUAAAACUAGUGACAAAAGUUAUAAUGUAGAAGAUUGUUUAACUCUCAAUAUAUUCACAAAAAAUAAGAAACUAAAAUUACCUGUUAUGGUCUACAUUCAUGGUGGUGGUUUUUCAAAUGGGUCCGCAGCAGAAUAUCAACCAAAUUUUCUUUUAGAAAAAGAUGUAAUAUUAGCUGUUAUACAAUAUAGACUGGGUGUUGUUGGAUUUAUUUCAACUCAAUCUGAUCUUAUACCUGGAAAUGCUGGGAUGCAUGACGUUAUUCUAGCAUUGAAGUGGAUUCAAAAAUAUAUACAAUUUUUUGGUGGUGAUUCAAAUAAAAUAACUAUAUUUGGUCAAUCGUCUGGUGCUGCAAUGGUAACCUUAUUAACAUUAACACCAUCAAUACAAAAUCAUAAAUUAUUUCAUCAAGUCAUUGCACAAUCAGGAUCAAUAUUCGCGCCAUGGGCGAUAAAUGAAAAUCCAAUUAAAACUGCAAAAGAUAUUUGCAAAAAAAUUUGUGAACCUGAAAAAAUGGAUUGCUCUACAGUUGAAAAUGUUAACAAAUGUCUAUUGAGUGCCGAUAUUAAAGAUCUGCUACUAAUUAGUUCAAAUGAUUUAUGUAUAACAUUAGGUGAUUUAGGAGGAAUAUUACCAAAAUUGCCAAAAAUUUUAGCUAGCAAUAUUAAACAAAAAUACACUGCAUUGACAGGAUUCACAAAACAUGAUGGAUCGUUUAUUCUCAGCGUGAUUUUUGAUAAAUGGAUGAACCAUAUGAAAGGAAAUAUAGAUGCAAAAUCUUUAUUUAAUUUAAUUGUAGAAAAUGCUAAUGAUGAUAAUACAGGCAUUAUUAAAAAUUUACUCUACAGAGAUAUUUUUUCAAAUAAAAAUCAAAUAGAUAAGUCGUUUGAGGAUUUGAUACCAGAAUUCAUUGAUCUUUGCAGUGUAUUAUAUUUUAAAUCACCAGCACUAACAUUCGCACAAAUGAAUUCACCUUAUAAAAAUAAUAAAACAUUUUUAUAUACUUUCGAUUACGAAGGUGCAAAUACUAGAUUUGGUUAUGAAUUAAGUACGGAUCACUAUCCAUUUAAUGGUGGGGUUCAUCAUUCUGAUGAUUAUAUUUAUUUAUUUCCAUAUCAUUAUAAAAAUGUGAAUGAACAUGACACCAAGAUCAUUCAAAAGAUGGUAAAUAUAUGGACGUCAUUUGCUAUUAAGGGCAUUCCAACUUAUUCUGAUAAUGUAGAAUUAUCGCCAAUGAAUGGUAUUGGGCCAUAUAUAAAAAUAAAUGAAAAUAUUACAAUUGGAAACGAUUAUAGUGAUGAAUUUUUUGCUGCAAUAAAUGAUCCAGAAAACUUUAAAUUAAAGAAAAACAUUGUAGAAUCAAGGUACUACCCCUAUUCAACAGCUGUCUAGUACUCUUAUACUAAUACAAAAUUGUAAAAAAUCUGUAAAUGGCUAAAAUUAAUAAUAAUAGCAUAUUAUAUUAUUUUCAUCAUAUUUAUUUAUAUUUUAGUUUUAGCACGUACAUAAAAUUUAUUAUAUAGUUACAAAGUUUGAAAAUAU